AUGGAGGCAGCGGCGAAGARGUUAAAACUGGCCAAGAAGAAGUUAAAUCAAGUCAACCGUGAACUAUCUACAACAACACUUUUCGGCACCCAGUAUGAUGCUACAUCUUGUAACAUAAAUGAAGUACGCAUUCGGUUGGAAGCAUUAAAUACUUUAGCUGAAAAAUAUGAAAUGGCUCAAGUUGAAAUUGAAGAGCUUGAUGAUUCRGUGCAGGAUGAUCAACAAUGUGAUGAAUAUAUAAAUUUUAAAAAUAAAUUAUACCAUGCCAAAGCAUUAUUAAUGCAGCUGAUAGAAGCCAAUGCAAAUAAUACAUCAAGUAGUCCUACCUAUAGUGAGCUUACCAAAUACAAGACUGAAAAUACAAUGAGGUUACCACCAGUGGAGAUUCCAAAAUUUGACGGUGAUUGGCAACAUUGGACGUCAUUUAUUGAUAGCUUUAAUAUUGUAUUCCAUAACCAUGAGAAUCUAGCUCCUGUUCAAAAAUUUCAUUAUCUCAAAGGUUAUCUUGUUGGUCAGGCCAGUGAUGUUAUUCGGUCAAUUCCCACCACGGGYGAAAAUUAUUUACAAGMAUACAAUACAUUAAUGAACCGGUAUGAUAAUAAAGGUGUAAUCAUUCAAUCUCACAUCAGAUCAUUACUCGAUACACCUAAAGUCCUMAUAGCAUCGGCAACAAAUUUAGAAAAGUUACAGCAUCAUGUCAUGUCCAAUGUCAAUGCGCUCAGAGCAUUAGGACAACUCAUAGAGUCUUGGGACGCAUGGUUGGUCACACUCAUUUGCAGUCGUUUGGAUAGUGCCACAGUGGGGGAGUGGCAACUUCAAUAUAAUAAAAAAGAAUUACCAGUGUUUUCUGAAGUUGAGGCAUUUUUACUCAAUCGCAUUGCAGCUUAUCAGGCAGGAGAAAUGAAUGUUGUAUCUACCAUAGAAAAGAAAGCUGUUGGAAGAGUGUAUAAUCCUAAGUUGCAAGAAAAAAAGGCCUUCCUUGUAGCACCAGCUCAAAAACCAAUUUAUACAAUUAAAUGUAUUUUGUGCAAUGAAGGUCACAGAUUGUACCUGUGUAAACGAUUCGAUAAAUUACCUGUUCAUGAGCGACGUGAUGUUGUCAUGAAAAAUCAUUUAUGUUUUAAAUGUUUAAAUGUUAAUCAUCAAGCAAG